GGGAGCUGACCGGAGGUGAGAGAAGGGAGCUGACAGGAGCUGCAGGAAAGGUAAGUUACAGCUUCCUGCCAGCCCCCCUCCCUGGCCAGCUAAUAAGCAGGGAGGGGGGACGAAAAAAAUAUAAAUAAAAUUUUUAAUAAUAUUAAAAUAAAAAAUUAUUAAUAAUAUAAAUAAAUAAAUAAAUAAUAAUAAUAAUAAUUAAAAAAAAUGCCCACCCCCCACCAAGGCUCUGCAUCACAUACACACACUGCAUUCAUACACACACACUGCAUUCAUAAACACACACACACACACACUGCAUUAUAUACACACACACUGCAUUCAUUAUAUACACACACUGUAAGUAAAUAUUCAAUUAAUAUAAUUUUUGGGGGAUCUAAUCUUAUUUAGAAAUUUACCAGUAGCUGCUGCAUUUCCCACCCUAGUCUUAUACUCAAGUCAAUAAGUUUUCCCAGUUUUAUGGGGUAAAAUUAGGGGUCUCGACUUAUAUUCGGGUCGACUUAUACUCGAGUAUAUACGGGUAUAUGUUUUACUACUCUAAAACACUCAUAUUUGUGUUCAGCGAUGUCUCACAGAGGGACUGCACUAUCAUAAUUGGGAAGGAGUAUAUGUUAAGUUGAUCUUCUUUGCAUGUUGAAAUUUUAUUUUUGCAUUCAAUAAAAUGUAAAACAGUACCUGCUACCAUCCGACCUUUGACCACCCUGGCCCUACAUAGUGGAUGCAACAGAGUGAUCUCAGUUAGAGUGGGCUCCACUGUGUACUCAUUUACAUUUAAAUAUUAUUUUACAGUAUUACACUAUCUGUAUUUCUCUUUCUUAUGUCCUUGUAUUAUAUUUUAUUAAGUGAAUUGGAACAAGACACACUGCAAAGUUUUUUUAUUUCGUGUUUUGUGUUUUGAUUUUUAGUGCACUUUGGAAGUGUUGCACAAUAUCGGAAGUUGCACUUUAUUUAACUUAUUUGCACAGAUUACUGUUAGUACUGUAUAGGAGCUUUCUAAGUGCACUUUUAAUUUAUAUAUUGCAUUUUAGAAUUAUUGAUUGAAAUGGCACAACUUUAAGAGCUUUUAUGUCGUAAAGACACAGCACACCUUAAAAUAUUUUUUUUUAUUUUUUUAUAAGUGUAGUGUCAUGGGCUAUUGCAUUUUAUAUGUGCUGCUUGUUUUUGUACAACUUUUCAUUUUUUUCACAAUUGCAUCACAUAGAUUAAUAUCGUUUAGCACCUUUUUUUACCUUUUUUUUAAUAUUUAAUACAGUGCUACAUACACUACACUGACUAUGAAAGCACAACGCAAUGAACCUUGAAGUCAAUAAACUAUAUUGUCAGAAGUGCACACCAGGUCCCAGUUCUUUCAGCUGAAAACAAAAGACUGAUAUGCAAAGAUGCAAUUAACUCCUUAAGGACACAUGACAUGUGUGACAUGUCACGAUUCCCUUUUAUUCCAGAAGUUUGGUCCUUAAGGGGUUAAAGUGGACAAAAAUAAAUAAAUUGCUUAAAAAUUGGAGAAAUGUUGCCAGGCCUGAUGAACCUUGAUUUCUGAGAUGUCAGUAGAAUAGAGGUUUCUCCUGCUUAUCACUGGUUGGGCUUUCUCAAUCGGUUUAACUAUAACAUAACAUUUUUAUGAGAAAAGUAGUGUUGUGUGCAUUACUUGAUACCAUACUCCAAACCUCCCAACAUUUCAAAUGGAAUUAAAGGGACACUAUAGUCACCAAAACAACUACAGCUUAUUGAAUUUGUUCUGGUGAGUAGAAUCAUUACCUUCAGGCUUUUUGUUGUAAUCACUGUCUUUUCAGAGAAAUUGUAGUGUUUACAUUACAGCCUAGUGAUAACUUUACUGGCCACUCCUCAGAUAGCUGUUAGAGAUCCUUCCUGGGUCAUGGCUGCCUAAAAUGCAACCAAACAUUCAGUAUCUCCUCCCUCUGCAUGCAGACACUGAACUUUCCUCAUAGAGAUUCAUUGAUUCAAUUCAUCUCUAUGAGGAGAUGCUGAUUGGCCAGGGCUGUGUUUGAAUUGUGCUGGCUGUGCCCCUGAUCUGCCUCUUUGUAAGUGUCAGCCAAUCCUAUGGGGAAGCAUUGUGACUGGAUCUUCACUGGUUUGGGCAUGGGACCAUGCCUGCGGUCGGUCAAAUAAAUGACUUACAGGAAAUUCCUGAACCCCUAAACUGAUCUGGGUGAUUUUUGGAUAUGUUGGUCACCCAGAUAAGGGCUAACAGGGGAUAAAAUUUUGUGUUUUUAGGGUACUUUUUAGGUGUUUUUAAAAAGUAUGUUUUUUCUGUGCUUGGAGAUAAUUGGAUUAGAAUUAGUACAGUUACUAAUCCAAUUAUCUCCAAGGCAGAGGGGAGGGAUUGUGUGCUGUGUAUGGGAGUGUCGUGCCUUAUUGUUAUUGGUCUGUGAAGUUGCAAAUCAGUCCCCCACAAGGUCCCUGUGGGCGUACCCCUUCCCAGUGUGGCUACCAUUAAACCAGUCCAACUUAAAGGGAUACUAUAGUCACCCAGACCACUUCAGCUCAAUGAAGUGGUCUGGGUGUUAGGUCCCUCUAGGGUUAACCCUGCCUGAUGUAAACAUAGCAGUUUCUGAGAAACUGCUAUGUUCACAUCUGGGGUUAAGCCAGCCUCUACAGGUUAUGACCACUAGCUCUUGUAAGAGCUUCACAGCUAUACGCUAUUGGAGGAGAGGCCUUCCCACUGAGAGCUGGAUCCAGGAGUUAGGUCCAGGGUGGGAAGGGACGGCGAGACCCCAGCCAAGCUGCAUCGGCUAGGGGGGCUAAGGUGCUGAUGGUGUCCGGUGCGGUGCGUAUGUUACUCAAGUCGACUAGGAAGGAACGAUUGGCGGAGGCACCCAGUGGGGGUGUCAGGCGGUCUGUCACAUUCUGCAAUCACCUGAUCUCAAUUCGAUCGAGCAUGCAUUCCAUUUGCUAAAGACAAAACAUAAGGCAGAAAGACCCAUGAACAAGCAACUCAAGACAGCUGCAGUAAAGGCAUGGCAAAGCAUCGCAAAGGAGGAAACACAGCAUUUGGUGAUGUCCAUGCGUUCCAGACUUCAAGUUGUCAUUGCCUGCAAAGGAUUCUCAACAAAGUAUUAAAAAUCAACAUUUAAUGAUUGUGUUAAUUUGUCAAAUUACAUUUCAGCCUUUGAAAUAACAGGACUGUGUAUGAAAAUGGUUGCAAUCCUUAAACGUUUCAUACAAUAUUUUUGUUUAACCUCCUGAAUUAAAGCUGAAAGUCUACACUUCAGUUACAUUUUGGUUGUUUCAUUUCAUAUCCAUUGUGGUGCCGUACCAAGCAAAGAAAAUGAAAAUUGUCCACCUGGAACCACACGGAUAAGGGUGACCCGGAGGACACACAUAGAGGACAUACUCCACAUAGGCAGGUACCCAACGACCUCAGUAGAGUAGGGGAGACGACAGACAAUCACCACGGACCACGUGGGGACGGGGAGGUGUUUUGUUGCUAACCAGCUGUCCAUGCUAGGAGGCUGACAAAAUGUGUUCAUCAUAAGUUGUUUGUUCUUGAACUGUUUGUUUCAUACAACGUAUAAAACUCCAUAACGGAUGGGACCUGCGAGUCCACACUGUUUAAGGAGCCUGCGAGCCCGCACUGUUAUAUACCUUUACAACGCUGCUGACUUACUCUUUGCACUUACCAAGUGACGGACCUGCGAGUCCAAACGAAGUAGAACUGCCUCAAAACGAAAAUAAAAAUUAUAUUUAAAAAAAAAAAAAGAAAAUGAAAAUUGUGUCAGUGGCCAAAUAUUUCCAGGCCUAACUGUAGAUAUUUAUUUUUAGGGUAAAGUUGAUAUAAUUUUUUUUUCUUUUUAAUUUAUAUUCUUUAUUUCUAGUGUGCAAAGAGAUAACACAGUGUUCGGUAAGCCACGGCAGCUUCUGUACACAGAUUGAUAACAAGUCAUACAAAACAUAGUUAUGGCAUUCACAUAUAUCGCACAUUUAAAAUUUUUUUAUGGUAUACUUAGAUUACAGGCUGAGCAGUAUACGUCUGGAAUUACUGUUAAGGGAAAGUGGCUGAGCUUUGCAUAUACAUAGGCAUGUUGCUCAUCAUAUUAAGGUAAUACGGUAAGUAGAGCAUGAGGAAAUGCACAAGGCUAAUAGCUAGUAAAGACAUACUGAGUUGUUAUGCUAAACAAUACUGUUAUUGUGCCACUGGGUACUGGUAACAGGCUUCUGAGUUGGAAGUAGCUCCAUUUUGCCUAUGUAUUAACAUGGUCUGUGAGACUUGCAGGUAUCACGUACCUAUGGACUUUAAGAAAAAGCAUAAUAAAAUAUAUAUAUAAAAUAUGUGGCUCAUAGGUAGCAGUGUGCUGUCAGUUCAGCCUCUGCCCGACAAGUAAUGUCCCGACAACCAAGAAGAGUGUUCAUUAUCUGCCUUGCCAGAGUCUCUGGGAGCUCGUGUUCGGCGUUGCCGAGUAAGUAAUAGACCACCUUGCUGCUUGUGAGCACAGACCCGGCCUCCUCCAGUGUGCCCCACAGAGCAACUGCUGCGAGAUCGUAAAGUAGGUCAUCUGAGAUGUCUAGGUGUUUGCUGGCUUUGCGCGGGUUUCUCCACUGCCUGUGUCGCCGCAUUACGCUGGGCUGGAGCCACAUGAGGUCGUGAGCAUUGGGUGUGAGGACCUCUUUUGCCGUUCCUAUGCCUGUUGUACCUUGCUGGAAUGCCCUGGCUGUCGGCGGCACGGCAGUGUCUGAGGUACUCGCCUCUGUAUACCCUCUUUUGACAGAGUGACAGGUUUCCCCGCAGGUGUUUUUGUAACUUUGCCUUGCUGUCGGUUCGAGCGGGUCGGAGCUGUCGUGGCAGGCCUCUGCUUUCUGUGGUGGAGUUGGGUAGGUGAGGUGGGAGUACUGGAUCUGUUGGCUAUGCGUGUCCAGAAAUCUCGGCAUAGCAUUUCAAAUUUGGCUUCGAAGCCUCUUGCCCAUUCCAGGCUGUCUGGGUUUGCUUGCUGCUGUGAAGGCCUCUGUGUGGUGGCCAUCUUUGAUUCGCCACGCGGUCUGGGACUCUGCCGCUUUUGAGCUUCGCAGGCUAGUAGUGUGCCCAGUGGGGACAGGGAUAACCCCCGCCGGUCCAGAGGGGUGGGGGGUAACGGGGUGUCUGUGGCUGUUCCUUAAGAUGCGAGGUCUUAAGCAAGAGGUCGGCCACCUCUCCUAGCCGUCGGGCCCGCAAUCCUGAUAGGCUGCAAGGCCAGAAGGUAAUAUACUCUGUCAAGAGUAAAUAGUUUGGGAUCUUCUGUAUACCUGUCGUUUAAGAUGCUUGUCAAGGUAGUUUCUAGACCUUCUGCCACUGUUUUAUGUGGGUUUAGUUGCUUUAAAGUUUGUGCUGGCAGGAGCUAUCAGUGAACACCUCUGCCCAGCUUGCUAGUCAGGCCCCGCCCCCUUGAUAUAGAAAUUUUAACUUUAUCUAUGACAAUUCCCCUCUUUUGGCACCACAGUAAAUAAUACACAAGAUCCAGCGUACUCUCCUAUCUACUAAACAGCAACUUCAAUGUUGACAGAUUUUAUUAGUUUUUUUAAAGUUUUUUCUAAAGGUUUUUUUUUUUAAAAAAAACACCUAAUCUAGGCAAAAAAUAAUGGAGAUUUAGUUACAUUAUAUGAUCAUACAUUGCAUAAGCCUGCCAAUUGCUGUUUAGUAGAUAGGAGUAUGGGGAUAUUUAUGGGAUAAUAAUAGUAAACAGUGAGAAUUGCCCACUAAUUCAAUUCUCAGAUCCCAAAUAUCGUUAUCGUGUUAAGUGAAAAGUAUUUCAUAUAAAUAAUAUCACAAUGUUAUAAAAAUAGAUUUAUUUAUAAUAACCAAUUAAUUAAUAAUAAUAAUAAUAUGUAACAUGCGUGACAAUAAUCAAUGAAUAUCCAGUAUAAAAUGGUAUGCAAUACAAAGGAAUGGGUAUACACGUUUCAUUGGCUAAACAGCAUUUUCUGUCAAGACUUUUGACGAUUUAUGACUAUCUUUCACAGAGAGAAAGCUAAGCUUUUCACAGCGAAGGGCCAUAAAACCCUGGCUAACAGUUAGAAUAACCCUUUCAAUGCUGGCUAGACCUCCUAGGUAAUUAAGAUCUAUUCUUAUGUAAUUUUUAAUAAAAUAACAUUUAAACCAGUUCAUUAGUCAUUUCCUGGAACCAUCCAAUAAGAGAAUCUACCAUAUUAUAUAAGCAGAAUUUAAUUUGUCUAAAAGAUAUCUUAUCUUAUAUUAGAGCAAAUCAAUACACCUGGAUAAAAACAGCGGUAUGCUAACACGUGAUAAUAUCACAUUAAUAUAUAAUUAUUCUUAAUUCCACCUGCAGAAUGGACUAUAUAUUCUUUAGUUAACUAAGAUUUCGUGACCUUUAUCCAGUCAUAUAUCAUGCUAUUAGUAAAUUUUAAUUAAUUUAAAUUAAUUAAAUGAAACCAGUAUAAUUACCAGUUGAGUAGAUAUUUCAUCCGAUUGGUAGAUAGUCUCAGGAACUUAUUUGGAUGUCUGUAGGUGCAUGAGUUAUGGUGAAAGGUGGUGUUGGUUAGAAAGUCAGUAAAAUUCUAAGUGUUAGAGUUUUAAGAGUAGAGUGUUAGUCUCAGAUGUUGUCCUGGGUUUCUCUGCAUGUCCGAGUUGGAGUCCCCAAACUUCCAAUUCCUCUCUCCUCUUUUUCCUUCUUCUUUGCAUACCCCCUGUCUUCCCUUUGUCCUAACUUUUAAAGGGAAAAUUCACUAGUUGGUAAACCAAUAGCAACACUGGGGGUGUGGUUAUCUUCCAGAUCGCAAUUUAGUUAUUUGAUCUAUAGAGGGCAGUCUUGUCCCACUAAACAUACCUAUCCAGGAAAGAGUUAACUUUUCCUGGUGGCUAUUUUGACGUCAUUUUGGCCUAUCUUUAUAGUGCCAUAACUUACGUUUCCUUUCACUUCAAAGGGUUUUCUCUUAGUUUUGUCCAGACUUAGUGUCUGUGAUUCCUGCUAUAAUUUCUGAUAUGGCAGAUCGUGAACUAAGUUUAACCUUAAACUUACAAUGGGGUCUUGUACAUAUAGAAAGUAAAAUUUUAUUAUUUAAUCUUCUCUGUCACAAAUGUCUGGGUUUAGAAUUGAUCUAUUCCAUUAGCAUUUUAGACAGUCUAUCCAACCCCCGUUCUCCUUAUCACUUGGUUUGUAUAUACUAUGCAUUCCUUUAGCUCUGGCAAAGUGGUUAGUUUUACAGAUAGAAAUCUUGUGUCUUUUGUUAACUUGGAAAUAACAAAAUGGAGUCUGGUCUGUUCAGAGUGAUUCAGAAUAUACACUUUUAAUUUCUAUCAUAGCACAAGAUGUCUGCCGAUAUAAACACUCUGACAGGAGAGUGCGCUGGAUCUUGUGUAUUAUUUAUUGUAUAAUAUGGCCCCCAGCAGCACAUGUUCAGGUGAGUGCAACCACCCCCCCAUGUUUCAUAUAUGAAUAUAUUUGGGAGUCUAGCCAACUCCUUGGUUUUGCACCCCUCCCUGUCACAGGUGCCUCAUCUCAGGUCCCUAUUUAGCCUUGUACUGCAGAAAACCUCAAAUGGAUUUUUUUUCCCCUAAGUAAGUGAGUUAUUCACAUAAGAGUAGACAUUAGACUGUGAGAGUAGGACCUGCCAAAGAUGGGGUACAUUGACAUUGUGGCAGGCUUAUGCAAUGUAUGAUCAUAUAAUGUAACUAAAUCUCCAUUAUUUAUUGCCUAGAUUAGGUGUUUAAAAAAAAAAAAAAAAAACGUUUAGAAAAAACUAAUAAAAUCUGUCAACAUUGAAGUUGCUGUUUAGUAGAUAGGAGAGUGCGCUGGAUCUUGUGUAUUGUUUUUUGGCACCACAGGUGAGAGUUCUCGGCAAGGUAUAUCCAGGUAUACUAGUUAUACCUGUGGGACUUUAAUUAAAUUUUCACCUCGGUUUUCUUGCCAUCUCAUACCAAAGGAGCCAUCAAGGAGACUUGUCCAGACAUCUGUGGGUUACAGGUUAAUAUGUGUUAUUAAAUCCAAGUCUCAUUUUUCAAUACAUCCAUAAGUUAAAACAGGUAAGAAGAAAGAAAAGACAUUUCGCAACAAUUAGUGGGUGCAGUAUGUUUAAGACUCAUCUAGCGGAAUUACUUACUUGAGAGUCUUAUCUAAGAAUAUCAAGGUUAACAAAAAGUAACAUUUCAUGAGAAAGAGAAGGGGUUUCAGCUGCCAAGACUGCUGACAGAAGCAGGAGUGAAGAAUUUAACUUUUAACCCUCUCAGACGUGGAAGGACUUAACUAGGGCAAAGGUUUUAACCCUUUAUUUACCUUUAUCUAUGACAAAGUCAGUAAAUGUGCCAAGGAUCAUCAAAGGUAGGCACAUGAGAGUGACUGUACAUGUCCCCGCUCACAUAGGAGGAGCAUCAUCCCAUCAGCUCUAGGAAUAUAGGCUGCUUUACUGGUACACUUGAGCAUUGCUUUUGAGUUCAUGAAUGCACUUAUAAUGCCUUAAAUGCAACUUUUCGUGAACUGUGAGCACAUUUAACCACUUUUUCUCCAUCUCCACAACAGAGGAUAACACUGCUAGGCCCAGGCCCGGACUGGCCAUCGGGCACACCGGGCAAAUGCCCAGUGGGCCGCGGUGGCCGUGGGGCCGAGGCCGGCAGGGGAGAUCACAGGAUCUCCCCGGGCGGCCCCUGCAGGGCCGGCACUGUCCCAGCGCCGGCCCCGCUGUCUGCCACGACGGGUCGGUGGGGAGAUCAAAGCUCUCCCUCACCGGCCCACAUGCGGCCGCCGGCGGGGAGGGAGGGAGGGAGCCAGCCAGGCUGGAGAGAGGACCCGGCGGAGCUCUAAUUUGCAGCUCCGCCGGGUUCCUCUCGCGAGAUCCGGCGCGUUGCCAUAGCAACGACCGGAUCUCGCGAGAGUUCUCACCCACGAGGACCACCAGGGAACCCCGCCACCCCGCCUGCCAGGUGCCAGCGUGCCGGUCCCCCCCCCCUCCCUCUCCCAGGCUAAAGGUAAGAAGGGAGGGGGGGGGAAUAAUGACUGUUUUUUGUUUUAUUUAUUUUUUUUAUUUACCCCCCACACACAAUAACAUUUAUACAGCACUCUCACACCCAUCACACACAGCACUCUCACACCCAUCACACACAACACUCUCACCCAUCACACACAGCACUCUCUCACAGCACCCUCACACCCAUCACACUCACUGCACUCUCUCACAGCACUCUCACACCCAUCACACACAGCACUCUCUCACACAUCAUACACAGCACUCUCUCACACAUCAUACACACACAUCACACACAGCACUCUCACACACAUCAUACACAGCACUCUCACACUCAGCACACUCAGCACUCUCACACACAUCAUACACAACACUCUCACCCAUCACACACAGCACUCUCACACCCAUCACACACAGCACUCUCACACACAUCACACACAGCACUCUCUCACACAGCACUCACACCCAUCACACACAGCACUCUCUCACACAUUACACACAGCACUCUCUCACACAUCACACACAGCACUCUCACACCCAUCACACACAGCACUCUCUCACCCAUCACACACAGAACUCUCUCACACAGCACUCUCACCCAUCACACACAGCACUCUCUCACACAUUACACACAGCACUCUCUCACACAGCACUCUCUCACCCAUCACACACAACACUCUCACACCCAUCACACACAGCACUCUCUCACACAACACUCUCACACUCAGCACUCUCACAGCACUCUCACACACACAGCACUUUCACACACACAGCACUCUCUCACAGCACCCUCACACCCAUCACUCUCACAGCACUCUCACAGAGCACUCUCUCACACAGCACGCUCACACUGCACCCUCACACUGCACCCUCACACACGGCACCCUCACACACGGCACUCUCACACCCAUCACUCACACCGCACCCCUCACACACACACACCGCACCCUCACAUACACACAGAACCCCCCCAACACACAGAACCCCCCCAACACACUGCACCACACACAUACUUCCAAAUAUAUAUAUAUAUAUAUAUAUACACACACACACACACACACUACACUCUUAAAGGACCACUCUAGCCACCCAGACCACUUCAGCUUAAUGAAGUGGUCUUGGUGCCAGGUCCUUCUAGGGUUAACCUAUUGUUUUAUAAACAUAGCAGUUUCAGAGAAACUGCUAUGUUUAUCAAUGGGUUAAGCCUUCCCCCAAAGCCUCUAGCAGCUGUCUCAUUGACAGCCGCUAGAGGCGCUUGCAUGCUUUUCACUGUGAAAAUCACAGUGAGAGCACGCAAGCGUCCAUAGGAAAGCAUUAUAAAUGCUUUCCUAUGCGACUGGCUGAAUGCGCGCGCAGCUCUUGCCACGCGUGCGCAUUCAGCCGACAGGCCGGAUCGGAGGAGGAGAGCUCCCCGCCCGGCGCUGGAAAAAGGUAAGUUUUAACCCUUUUCCAGAGCCGGGCGGGAGGGGGUCCCUGAGCCACAUAUGCAUCACAUUACACCACAAACACAACACGACUAAAACCGACCUUAUUACACAAUACCACACCACGACCAGCUCACUCUACACACACGCAAUACCACAAGCAGGCUCCAAACACAUGCACAAUACUCUUUCCUGGCCUUUUGUCUCCUGGUAUCCAUUUAUAGAGACACCAGAGACAAGUUGCAAGGAAACACAGUGCAAGCAUGUUAUUAAAUUUGCUUGCACUGUGCAGAACAAAUACAGGACUUUUUUCUCAUGCUAGAGCUCUUCAGCAGAGCUCUGCGCAUGGUCUGCCCUGGAAGAGCAUUGAACCAACAUGCUCACUUUGAGAGGAGGCAUGUUUGCCAUUGGUGAUGACAAAACACACCUCCUCUGCCCCGCCCCCUUUUUAGUGGGCCGCUGUGUUAAAAAAAUGCCCGGGCCGAAUUUUUCUCCCAGUCCGGCCCUGGCUAGGCCAGUGGAUGAUCUGGAAGACAUUUUGUGUGUCAUAUGGCUCCCUCACUCUCUCCCCCCCAUCCCUCCACGCACCCAUCCAACCUUACCUGCCACACUUAGAGUCUACAGAAACUUUGAAUCCCUUGAUCUGCAGCAGCCUUCCAUUGACUACUAACCUCUCAUAUCAUCUCAGCUACCACAUGCCCUAUGGCAACUUCCCCUUUUAACUUUACCAAGUGCCUUAGAUAAACUAUGGUGAUAGGGAGGGCUGCAGUCAGUGUAAGAGGGGAGCUUACAUCUGUUGGCAGUGUGCAGUGUACUCCGAUGACAGAUGGCUUUUAUGCACAGAAUGGACAUUAGGUAUCCCAGAACAAAGUUCCAGACUACCUAAAUCAUAUAUGCUGGGGAUGUAACCAGCCCCCCCCACACCCAAUUGCCAAACAGAAACACUGCAUAUCCAGACUCACACCACCAUAACCACUACAGAAAGCAGAAGAGGUCAUAGUGGUAGGAGUAACCCUUCAAUGAGAGUGUUUAAAAUUGGUCUCAAGCCAUUUAGGAGUUAGCAGAUCUUAAAGUGAUUCUUCAAAAUGGAUACAAUAAAUAUUGGAUGAUAUAUUGAAUAUAUUACAGUAAAUAUACAGUAUCCAAGUCCCCUGGAAACUACAUAAAUACUGCCUAAUUCGAAAUCUACUAACAUACUUGAUCCUGCCAAUUUAUUUUUUGCCUACCCACACCUGUCAGUAUAUUAUUAUAAGUGCACUGUAAUAACACGCGGACCUCCAUACUGCCAGAAACAUCCACGUUCUCAUUCUACGCCGACAGCUUUGCUGCUGUCACAUGACCACCGACUGACGCGCGGAUUGGUCCACUCUCUUAGCGGCGCUGUAAAAGGUCAUGUGACUGUCCUUUCUUGUCAUGUGACCUGCUGGCUCCACAGGGAGGAAAGAUGGCGACCUUACCGCAGUGGAGGCGUUUAGUGUUCUUUGAGAAGGAACCGGUCCGGUUACCGGGAGAAGAUGAGCAACUUCUCAGCUUGCCGCCUGGACUGAGUGUGUGCGACUCCGGCCGGGGCAGCUUGUUAUUCGGAGAUAUCCUGGAGUUUUAAUGGGAUGUGUAGACUGGUGUACAUUGUUAUUAUUAUUAAUAUCUGUACUCUUUGUAUAGAAAUGUAGGAUAAUAGAGGAUAAAAUGCCUGUGGACUAAAAAAUAAAUAUAUAUCAAAAUUUGGCCCCUUAGUUUCACCACUCACUGGCCCCUAAAAUAUCAAAACAAAAGCCCAAUUAACGAAGAGGGUUCUGGAAGGGGUUAUCCUCCUGUUUGAAGGCCUGUCACAAAAUUGUAAUAGUUCUAUAAUUGUGCAGUUUCAGUAACUUAAAGGUGUUUCCUUCUGCAAAUGUUUAUUGUCUGUACUUUAUUUCUAUAUUGUGCCCAUGGCUUGUCAACCAUGUGUUUUGCCCUUUUUGGCAUUGCUAUGGAACCUAUACAUUUUAGAGGGAGUAAUGUCUGCUUUUAAUAAUCUUUCAAAUUUAAGGUCAUAAUAGACAGAAUAGGAAAAUUUUAAAUCUUCAAGUUAGCUAUGCUUUCACUUCAACUGCUUUUGAUUUGAAAUUCACUUUUGUAAAUAACCCUUCACGCGCCCAAACUUUUGCACAAUUCAAGCAACAGUGCUUUUUCCAGUCUACCAUUCUCCCAGUUUGUGCUUUCCAUCCUCCAUCUCUCUACCCCUAUCCAAAUGUAAAUUUUGUCCCCAUUUCAGUUUUGCUCAUUUUUAUUUUCUUUAUUUCAUCUCACUUUCUCUGUAAGACCCCACUCCUCUUGCAGAAAGAAGACUGACUCUAGUGACUGUCAAUCUGAAUAUUCUAUCUUAAAGGGUUAUUAAUUAAACAUCGCAUUACUGAAUUAAAUACAAAUUAAGACAAAAAUUACUUCACUGUCACUAUUUUAGUUAUGUUACCAUUUGGAUUUAAUUUACUAAAAUUUUAAGUUGGUAAAAAUAGCCCUAUACAUGUUUGGCAAGUCCUCUCUCUUACCAUUCACCUUCAUUCUAGAAAUGAUGUAAUGUUGUCUGUGUCAUUUGGAGGCAGCUGCUUCAUGUAGUCUACUCUAUGCCAUGUGUACAGGAAGUCUUCGGGAUUUGAAAUGUAAAUGAGUGAUGAUGUGUAUCUUUUAAUCUAUGCACUUGCAGACGAUUUCAUCAGCCCGGUGUACUGCCUAUAUUUAUUUUGUUGCAGACCCAAGUCUAAUGUGAAAGAAGUGGAGACAUAGAUCAGUUUAGAAAUUAGAGAAGAUUCUCAGAUGUGAUUUAGUCUUAUGUCCCUUAAUGAAAGGGAAAAACUGAUAUCUUGGUCUUCUGAAGGGAGUAUUGCUGGUUUAUGUUGUCCAUAAAUUUUAUCAUACUAAUAAUGUAUACACAGUAAACUUUUGUUCCAAAAUUGGUCCUUAACGGAGCAUUACAUAUGACAGGGCAGAUCUGGUUCUUGCCACGCUCUCUGCAGCUGACAUCCUUCCAGGCUUACAAACUGCGUGUCACUCACCUUCAUCAGCUGAAGCAGCACAGCAUCCUGGUGUCAGUUGGGGAAGAUGAGGAUGGAAUCAACCCAGUUGUAAGUGUGAAACAGGAAUGAGAGUAUAAAAACAUGAAAUUCCAUCUAUGUGGAACUUAAAGCAGGUAUAUCUAUACAGGAGAUCCCCAGGUGUCAUAAAACUACAACUACCAUGAUGCUUUGCCAGUCUUUAGAAUGACAAAUCCCUUAUGGAAAUUGUAUUUCUUUUAUCAGCAUUCCUGAAGAUGAACAGAAUAUCACACCACUUUAUAGUUGUCCUUCAUAUAAAUGCAAAUUAAGACUUAUUCUAUGCAUGAAUAUAUACCUAAUUACUUUUUGUAAGUCUGGCCUCAUGUUUUGUUAUUUUUAAUAAAGUUAAAGUUUUUUUGUUUUGUGUAUGGAAAAUGGUACAGCAACACGUGCAUGUGUGAAGAACAGAGCUGUUUACACCCACAACUUUAAAUUAAGUGGAAAUGAAAAGAUUAUAAAACAAUGUAUUAAGUUAAAGGAAAUAAGGAAAACAAAUGCUAUGCCUUUGUUAACGAGAUUCUCAGGUGUUGAAUAGGAAAUCUUGUAUUUUGUUACCGGAGGUGUAAUAUUUCUGAUAUCGGUUAUGGGAAGAUUAUAGUGCUAUUGCAACUUCAGGCAAGCAAGAUUCUAAGUGUUGCUUUAAAAAGAACUGGAGGUACAAAUGUUUACAGUUCCAAUUGUAACUUUUUAACUACAGGUAUUUUUGCUUUACAGAUUAUAUGCCAAGAUGUCACCUAUUUUGUAAUUUUGCUGAAAGUGCAAGACAAAAAACAGCAACAAACGAGUCCCACAGUGAAUAAAAGUGCCUGAGUUAGUUUUGCUCCCUCGUGCGAAAUUAUGCAAAGAGAAAAUUUGCAAUCUGAGAUGUCAUGGUGUAUUUUUAAUAUGCAUAUGCUAUUCUCUCAGGUAAAGGUGUGGAACCUGGAAAAGAGGGAUGGAAGUACCCCACUUUGCACUAGAAUCUUCCCGGCUAUUCCGGGCAAUAAACCUACUGUGGUAUCCUGUAUAACCGUCCAUGAGAACCUCAACUUCAUGGCCAUUGGUAAGUGUGCAAUGAUGUAUCCUCCGUUAUCCUUAAACUGAUAUUCCACAUCGCAACCAAAAUCAUAUAACAGCUGGCAUGCUGACCAACUUACUGCUUCUCAUUUAUGAAAAGUAAUGGAUGCACUUGUACAAGAGAAAGCAAAACCGCAAGUGCCCCUGUGCCUUCCCAAUGUAAGUAAGAAAGUGUUUUGACAACUUACCUGGAUUCUGCCAGGUGCCAUCCACCUCCUUCCAGAGAGUCAGAAGCACUUGCCUGAUACCUUCAGCCAAUUAGCUGGCCUUGCACUAUAUGGCUUAGCUCAGGGAAGCUUAUGGAAGCUCAGUGCAUGCUGAAACUGGCUCUAGAUAUGUUGUAAAACUUUUGCAAAUACUUUUACUUUCAUAGGGACGCAACCAUUUUACCACUACAGCAUGCUCUACUGGUUAUGGAGAGAGAGAGUGUGUGUGUGUGUAUGUAUGUAUGUAUAUAUGUGUGUGUGUGUGUGUGUGUGUGUGUGUGUGUGUGUGUAUAUAUAUAUAUAUAAACGUACUCGCGUGCCUGAUGUAACUAGCAUCAAUUUUCACCUUGUUUUAUAGUAUGAGUCACAAUUACAUUUACCCAUGAGUGUGAACCUUAUCUAAAGGCUAAUUUUUUCUAUGCCUAAAUGUCUGUUAUUGUCUGCUCAGUGGAGUUUACUGGGGAAUGCAAAUUCAGUGGAAACAGAAAAGAGGGAGGUAGUGGAAAAUGAAUCCUUAGAGCUUUUAAACUACAAAGGUUUAUAUGAGUUGCAGGACUACAGGAAAAUAUUGGUCUGAAAGCUUAGUUUUGGGACUGUGCAGGAAAUGAUGUCCACAUAACGUAUGGUCCUUGUUUUUACAUUUUUGGCAAUUAAUUUUUGCAUUACAAGGUGUAUCAAUGUCCCAUUCCACCAAACUUCUCAACUAUGAACUCAACAUGAUAAUGAAUCGGUUUGUGUAUUCAUAUUAAAGUAAAUUUUGGCUUUGGGUAAGGGAGCUGACAUGGAACAAUAAAAUCAGGCUUUUGAGCACAUGCUGCAUACAGGUGUGGACUUGGCUUUUUUUCCUGGGUGACAGAUUUAUCAUACUGUGAGUUCAGGCAGUAUUCAGGCCAACCUGACAGUCAGUAAAACUAUUAGCAGCAUUCUCUUAUAAAACCCCAGCAGUGAAUGUAUAAAACAGGUCUGAAUGCUCACCAAUAGCAUCCUAAAUGGGAAAUAAUCUAAGGAAACACAAGUAAGCAACAAGGUGGAAAACCAUAAACCUCCAUACUUGCAUUAUAGUAAGAAAUAUAAACUACAUAUGCCUUUACUUAAGAUAGGAGGAAAAAAAAAAAGGAAAAAUAUAUAUGUAUAUACUACCUGGCCAUAGGCACCGGUGGAUAGCUUAUAGCAGAGGCUUACAUAUGCAACCUGAGUAUUAUUCAUCAUCGAAGAGAGAGAAUUUUAUAUUGGACCCCAUUUACUAAAUGGGGCAUACCCAGGUAGUCAACUUAUAUUAAAGGCUUAUUCCAACCCCUCAAAAAAUUUUAUUUUUUUAAAUAAAAUACUGUUUGGUUGUUGUAACCUUUUGGUGAUGCUCCUUCCCAUCAAACGAAAUAACCUUACCUGUAAUCCUGCACCAAGGCCAAGUUCUCCCUGCAGCCCAAUCAUCCUCUUGUGAUGUUAGUCCCUUUCAUUGCUAGAGCAGGGAUGUCACUCAGGCAGAGCUGAUGGAGGGCUUGCAGCUGUGACAUGCAACUGCCACUCUCUCCCACCCCCCUUUUUCUCUCAGGCCAUGCUGCCUAUCUCUACAUUUUUACCAGUUUUAAAGGACUCUGACCCCAGAAUAGUUCUUAUGUGCAGGGCAUUCUAAUCAUAAUGUGGGAUUGUAUAUCUUGUGGAUCAUUAGCCAAAUCUGCUGUCUGCUGUACUAAUUAGCCUCUAAAGAGUCCUGGGCUCAUCAGAAUGGCAUCGGCUCUGUUUAGAAGUUAGCUCUGUCUACAUUUUUGAUAUAUUAACCCAGGUAGUUCCUGUGAAGUCACACAAUUGGCUUUCUACAGAUCUCUCACUAAUCUUCUGCACAAAUUAACACUGUUAAACAGGAACUCUUAAAUCACAAGUAGUAAGUUGGAUAAAGAUGUCUUUUUUUGGGGGGGUAAGGUGGGUCUGUUUACAAAACACAAAAACAAACAAGAAAAUUUAAUUAUGUCUGUUCCCUCACUGCACACUUCGUCACCUUCUAACAUUCUGUCAAGGUCACGUAUAUUUUAUCGAAACUACUGACCAUCUCAAGAAUGAGAAAGAACACCGUAUCUGCUUUCCAAACAUGCAAGCCUCUUUUUCAACCUGUAUUAGCAUGCCUUAUGACGGGAAAACUCUCCAAUCUGUUUAAUUUUCACAUCAGUUUAUAAAACUGAUCAAUGUUACCUGAAUGUUUGUUCAUACCGGAUGCUGUUGGUUUUUUCUCUUAGGUUUCACAGAUGGCAGUGUGGUCUUAACCAAAGGCGAUAUAACACGGGACCGACAUAGUAAGACUCAGAUUCUACAGGAAGGGAAUGAUCCUAUUACAGGAAUGGCUUUCAGGCAGUCGGGCAAAACCACUCACCUAUUUGUGGUCACAACAGGAAGUGUGAGGGUAAGAACUUUGUCUAUGUAUGUUUGAUGCAUAAUAUGAAGUGUUUUAGUCACCGUAUUAAAGGAAAACAACAAGCACCAUAACCACUACAGCCCAUUGUAGUGGAUAUGGUGCCAGGAGUGCUGUUAGUAUGGUUUGACAACUUACGUACAACUUACUAGUUCUACAAAGCUAAGAAGGGCCAUAGAGAGGACCUUGGACAAUAGUGCUUAUGGUGCAAGGAAUCUGUUCCUUUUAUUUCCAGUACUGAGGUUGUUGUUUUUUCUUUCUUCUUCUUUUGCUGUUAAAUAUUGAUUGUAAUAAUUAUGCCCUAAACAUUUAUCCUAAUUCUUCUCACUUUAGUGUGUGUGUGUGUGUGUGUAUAUAUACCUGAAAUCUCUCUCACUCACCUCUUGGCUUUUUCCUGUGACUAGAUGUGUAGCCCUGUACUGAUUUAGGAUUUUCUUUCUCUCUCUUUUAGUCUUAUGACCUGACCCAGAAGGAUUAUCCAUACACCGAUUUAGAUACCCAUGGUUGUGGUCUUCGAUGUUCUACUCUCUCUGAUCCAUCUCAGGACCUCCAGUUUGUGGUGGCUCGUAAUGACUGUGUGUAUCUAUAUCAGCCAGAUGAGAGGGGACCCUGCUUUGCCUUUGAAGGACAGAAACUGAUUGUGCACUGGUAUCGUGGCUAUCUAAUUAUCGUGUCAAGAGACAGGUGUGAUGAAGUUGUUUACAUUUCCACUUGAUAUCUGUGUGUGUAUCUGUGUGUGUGUGUAUGUAUAUAUGUAUGUGUAUAUAUAUAUAUGUGUGUGUGUGUGUGUGUGUGUGUGUGUAUAUAUAUAUAUAUAUAUAUAUAUAUAUAUAUAUAUAUAUAUAUAUAUAUAUAUAUAUAUAUAUAUAUAUAUAUAUAUAUAUAAAUAAAAAGGGAUACCGGCACUCAAGGAAUUUCAAAAGUUUACUUCUUAGUUGCAUCUGAAAUCGACGUUUCAGCUCCUCUCAGGGAGCUUUCAUCAGGACAAAGACAUUCUUAACAAUGAAAUAAACAUACUUAUAUAGGAGAUGUUAUAAUAGCAUACUCACAUUCAGCUGUUGAUCGCCAGCUGCUCUGCAUCGCCAUCAACCACCGGGAACGUCAUGCCCCUUACUGUGUUGUACUAUUACUUCCUGGUUUAGUCAUCUGAUUACAGAAGCUGUUCUGAUAGGACGAGCCCCACGUCGGCUAGGAAACCGAAAACGCUCGCAUCCCAUUGGAGGGAGAUGCGAUAUUAUCAAUGCCAGUGUGUCUAAUUUGUCUAAGUGGGAAUUGACAACCCCAGAGAUCCAUCUUUUGAGUAAGGGCCUCUCCUUUAUCCCUACCACUUCCCCUAAUUCAUUCCAGUGGGAGAUUGAUCUCUAUAAAUUUGGUCGAUCUUUGAGAUUGAAAGAUUUUUUUAAAAACCCAGUUAUUCCAACUAUAGCGACGACUUCUGUACGAAGUUUAUUUCGAUCUAAAUCACCCAGCACGUUUGAUCCUCCUGUUACACAAGCCACUAUUAAGACCUUCUUGUCUACGAUGAAGUGGGAAUCUGAGAGUAUUCUUCAGCACCACCGUCCUAAACACUUCAAUCUCUCAAAAAUGGAACGUAACUUAAUAAAAAGUCUGUCAACAGAUCCAACAAUAGUCAUUCGUCCUGCAGACAAAGGAGGGGGGAUAGUGGUCUUGGAUUAUGAGUCUUAUGCUUCAGAAAUUAGACAACAACUAAAUGAUCCUAAGACCUAUCUACGGUUAGAACAGGAUCCAACCCAUUUAAUUGCCAAAAAAAUUGAAGAUGUACUCACCUUUGGAUUACAUGCUGGGCACAUAGAUCUGGAAUUAUUCCAAUUUCUUCAAAAUAAACAUCCUCGUGUACCAAUAUUGUAUACACUACCGAAAAUACAUAAAAAUCUUACGAAUCCUCCUGGUCGUCCUAUAGUAUCAGCUGUACAAGGAAUCUUAGAACCUAUAGCUAGAUAUUUAGACCAUCUAUUUAAGAAUCCAGUGACCUCUCUUGAAACCUGCAUCAAAGACACUCCUGACCUUCUCCAGCGAUUACAUGAUGUAGGUACUUUCAAUGGUAUCCUAAUGACAAUGGAUGUAGCUAGUCUGUAUACUGUUAUUCCCCAUGAGACAGGGGUUCAGGCCAUGCGUAAUUUGCUCUCUCACUCACCACAGUAUCAAGGUCCAGCAAUAGAAUUUAUCUUGGAACUUUUGAAUAUUACCUUACAAAAUAAUUACUUUCGUUUUGAAAAUGACUGGUUCCUACAAAUAGCGGGCACUUCGAUGGGGGCCGCCAUGGCUCCAAUGUACGCUAACACAUUCAUGUAUGACUAUGAAACUAAAAACAUCCUUCAGGUAUAUGCACAUCAAAUUACCCGAUAUUUCAGAUUUAUCGAUGACAUCUUGAUCUUAUGGGGAGGCUCUAAGGCAGAAGCUAUCCAAUUUGUACAAGAACUUAAUGAUCUACCUACACCAAUCAGAUUAACUUCGAAGGUCAGUGAGUCCAGUAUUCAAUUUCUGGACAUAGAAAUAAUGAUUGUCAAUCAACAUUUGGAGUAUACCCUUUUUACAAAACCUACGGAUCGUAAUACAUUAUUACACUUCAACAGUUUCCAUCCACAACAUCUGAAGCAAUCGUUGCCUUACUCCCAGUUUUUAAGAGUGUUUCGAAACAACUCACUGGGAGAACAAAGAGAACAACAACUGGUACAGAUGUAUGAGAAGUUUCAAACAAGAGGAUAUCCCCGACUGGUCCUUGAUGGGGCACUAUCUAAAGCGAGACUUAAGUUUGCUUCCCAUUUACAGAAGGAAACCAAAAAGCUUGAAACACGAUGUAGGUUCUCCAUGCAGUUGAAUACAGCAAGUUUUGAACUAAACUCUAUGAUCAAGAAGCGAUGGCAUGCACUGGAAUUGGAUCCUUCACUUCCGGAGAUUUUCCAAGAGACCCCUAUGAUCUGCUAUAGACGGAAUAAGAAUCUGAAGGAUUUAUUGGUCAUGACGGACCCACGACAUUGCUACAAUAAGAUAAGGAAGGACAAUACCAAUGUAGGAUGUGUGAGAUGUUUAGGAUGUGUGACCUGUGGUCACCUCAUCCCUUCAAAAACUUUCACACAUCCAUACACAGGUAAAAUAUACAAAAUCCAACAACGGAUUCAUUGCUGGACCGACCAUGUAAUUUAUAAAUUGACAUGUCCUUGUGGACUUAAUUACAUUGGUAAAACAGAGACAGCUCUCUGUGAGAGAAUUCGUGGCCACAGGUCUAGUAUCCGGCUAGCCUAUCGGGAUGGCAAGUCGGACAAACCAGUGGCCAGACAUUUUUUGGAACAACGUCACCAGUUGACUUCUCUCAGAUGUGUUGCAAUUGAGCAUGUUCCUGUAUCUCCUCGGGGAGGAGAUAGAGCUAAAAUUUUGCUGCAGAGGGAAGUGUACUGGAUAUGUCAGUUGCAAACCCUCUCCCCUAAAGGCUUGAAUGAGAAAUGCUCCUUUGCGGCAUUCUUAUAAGAUCUUUAAGAUUGAUUAAAAUUACUUUUCAAUUAAAUAAUAUGGAUUGACCCUUAGACAGAAUUAGUUUGUGGGGGAUGAUUAACGUUAAGUGAGAUACUCAAAGCUAGCACUAGUUUAACUGUGGACAAUACCGGUAACUAUUUUUAUUUUAAUAUAUUUAGUAUGUUUUAUACAUUUUUUGAAGUUCUUUUAAGUUUAAUAACUUGUUUUUUAGGAUUAUGCAAGAUCAUAUCGUGUUUGUUUGCGAACCAGAAUGAGCAUGAAUUAUAACCACAUUUGUAAGUUUACACUCCCCUUGAUUAAAUUCAAGAGGUUGUUUUCACAGAUAUUCAUAAGGAGUAGAUUUUUUACUCAACACAUUAAGAGUAAGUACUUAGAUUAUUUUUAUCACAGUAUUAUAUUAAUUAUACAUAUUUUGAAUUAAUUUUCCAGAUAUAUAUGUAUAUUAAAUCCCUUUAUUUAGGAUGAUAUACCUGAUUCAAUAUGAAUUUAUGUAAUGUUGGUUCACUUUUGCAUAGAAUUAUUAUAUAUUGAUAUUUAUUGCCAUGUGUCUAAUUAUGUAUGAUUUUCUGAAGAAUAUAAUGAGGGUGUUAUAUGUAUUAUCUUCUACAUGGGAUAUUAUAUAUAUUUAAUCGGGGGCUUCUUAUCAUUUGUGGUUUAAUAAGUAUAUUGCUUAUCAUGCUGGGCAUCUCCAAUCAACCAUCGGGGUUACAUAGGGAACUAGUUUUUGCUUCUAUUCCUGUGCUGCCGGCUGAUAGAUUAUUCCUGCCUGACACUGGCAUUGAUAAUAUCGCAUCUCCCUCCAAUGGGAUGCGAGCGUUUUCGGUUUCCUAGCCGACGUGGGGCUCGUCCUAUCAGAACAGCUUCUGUAAUCAGAUGACUAAACCAGGAAGUAAUAGUACAACACAGUAAGGGGCAUGACGUUCCCGGUGGUUGAUGGCGAUGCAGAGCAGCUGGCGAUCAACAGCUGAAUGUGAGUAUGCUAUUAUAACAUCUCCUAUAUAAGUAUGUUUAUUUCAUUGUUAAGAAUGUCUUUGUCCUGAUGAAAGCUCCCUGAGAGGAGCUGAAACGUCGAUUUCAGAUGCAACUAAGAAGUAAACUUUUGAAAUUCCUUGAGUGCCGGUAUCCCUUUUUAUUUACAUUCGAGCUGACCAGAGCACCAGGUACUGUCUUUCAUAAGUUGGAGUGCAAGGGUUCUUGUAUUUUUAUAUAUAUAUAUAUAUAUAUAUAUAUUUGUGUUUCCUAUUUAUUAUAAAGUGAAAACGGGUUCUAGAAUUCUCCGCAUGGUUAAAACUUGACAUAUUAAAACACAGUUAUAUCCAACAAACAUUCAGCAACACUGGAUGCAUCAAAACAAACAACAAUUUAACAGGUAGAAAAAUAUACUGUGGGUUUUGAGUGCCCUAGCCACAAGCUUGGUAGGUAAACCUUGACUGUUUUUUAAAGGUUUAUUCAGAAAAAUGUUGGUAUCAUGUAGACAUGACUGUUUUAAUUAGUCAAAUGAUUUGUACAGCUCUUGAACCUCCUAAAGGUUUACUCGAACCAGCAUUCCAGGUAAGUUAAAAAAAAUAUCUAUAUUUAUUUUUUUUCCCUUCAAAAUUUAGGUGAGUGGGACCUAAGGAAUAGGGCAUUAUAAACAGACGGCACAUGGUUUUUUUUGGGUUCAGAUUCUUAAAAAAUAAAACGUCUCUGACACUUUGUUACUCUGAAGGCUAGCAAGGCAUCAUGGCAGAUGUAGUUCUAUAUUAUCUGGGGAUCUAGCUUUUGGGCACCUCUGCUUUGGAGAGCUGCCAAUGCUAAAUACACUUAUUCCAUGCCUUUUGUGGCCAGACUGAAAAUAGUAAAACUUGGCAUUUGAUUCUUAAAGGGACUCUAUAGUCAGCUGAACAACUUUAGCUUAAUGAAGCAGUUUUGGUGUAUAGAACAUGCCCCUGCAGCCUCACUGCUCAAUCCUCUGCCAUUUAGGAGUUAAAUCCCUUUGUUUAUGAACCCUAGUCCCACCUCACUGCAUGUGACUCGCACAGCCUUCCAUAAACACUUCCCGUAACGAGAGACCUAUUUAGGCUUUCUUUAUUGCAAGUUCUGUUUAAUUAAGAUUUUCUUAUCCCCUGCUAUGUUAAUAGCUUGCUAGACCCUGCAAUAACCUCCUGUAUGUGAUUAAAGUUCAAUUUAGAGAUUGAGAUACAAUUAUUUAAGGUAAAUUACAUCUGUUUGAAAGUGAAACCAGUUUUUUUUUCAUGCAGGCUCUGUCAAUCAUAGCCAGGGCAGGUGUGGCUAGGGCUGCAUAAACAGAAACAAAGUGAAUUAACUCCUAAAUGGCAGUGAAAUAGCAGGGGAAUGAUCUAUACACUAAAGUAAUUUAGGUGACCAUAGUGUUCCUUUAAUGUGUCCAUCUUGCAUGGUUUAAUGGCACAUAGCAGUGCUAAACUAUGUAGUUUUGUUGUUUGUUUGUUUUUUUUUUUUUUUUAAUAGGUUGGCUGUAUCUCUGUGUGUGUGUGUGUGUGUGUGUGUGUAUAUAUAUAUAUAUAUAUAUAUAUAUAUAUAUAUAUAUAUAUAUAUAUAUAUAUAUAUAAUCUAUCUAUAUCUCUAAUUUGCAUAUGCCCACCCAGAAUCCUUUGCAGUAGUAUCACUGCAAAUUUGUGAUUUCAUCUAUCUAUAUGUGUGUGUAUAUUUAUUUAUUUGAUGUCAUGAGUGGGGAAUCCUGUGAGUAGCAAAUCUUUUCUUGUGUUAAGUAUUUAGAUUUUGACAUUCUUUUGGUGUUAGAAGUUGUGACGUGUACAUAGGUUUCAAUUAACUAUUAGACAUACAAGAUUAGAUAGCAAUACUUAUUAUGUGACUUCAAAGAGUAUGAUAGAGCUGUAUGAUUUACUGUAAAAAACAAAACAAAGAAAAGGGUUACCUGGACACUAGCCCAAAUCCAUAUGCAUAUUUAAAUAACUGGAGGUUUUUCGUUCCACUCUAAUGGCCAUUACAUGUAAGCCCACAUGUCACGUCAAGGCAAACCUCCCCCGCUUGGGUCCUAUACUAACAAUGGACAUUGCUUCUUUCAGCUUCAGCCAAAAAAUCUAUGAGACAGAGAGGGGUAUUUUUCUAAAUCCCUACAUACUUAUUAACUCUUAAUAGGGAACACAUGGGCUGGGAGGCAGCAUUGUAACAUAGCUGUGAUACGAAAGCAAAUAGAAAUACCCAUAAAUAAUUCUUGUGCUCAGACUCCCACUUUACUGUAAACAAGCACGCAUAUUGAGCAAUUUGCCAUUGUGAGCUUACAGUCUAGCAGAAUUUCUGCUGUUCCUGCCCUCUAUCUCUGUUGUAUUACCUUUAGCACUUCUAAACGUUUCAAAUGUUUCUCUGCUCACACAGGUCAGAAUUUGCUGUUCGAGCAGGCAAUGACAGCAUGCCAGAAAGACAGACUCUUACCUUAUACGAUCUAGGCAACAAGUUGAUUGCCUUCAGCUGUAUCCUGGCAGACGUGGUGGAUGUACUGACAGAGUGGGGAUCCUUGUAUGUCCUGACACGAGAUGGAUUUUUGCAUGCAUUACAUGAGAAGGACACGCAAACCAAAUUGGAGGUGCUAAACGAUUUCUAUCUCACUUUUUUGUUUGUUUUUUAAAUCUAUUUUGAUGUGGGAAGUCUGUGUUUAUCUAAGAAAUAUAUUGACGUUCCAUAUUUAAAAUUUAUAGAGCUCCCUCAUCUAGCAUGUAUAACCUUCAUGUAAGCGUUAAUGUAUUUGUAUUCUCAAAGAAAUACCAUUUUAUGGAUUGCUAACUUCUAUCACUCGAGUCUAAUCAGAAGAUAUCUAUAUAAUACAUAUUUUUAUUUUAACAUAUUUGACUGUACAGUGUGUGUGUGUAGAUAGAUAGAUAUAUAAUUUCCUCCAUAUUUUACUGUACAUCUCAAUAUGACUCUACACCAGAACCUUCCCUUUAACAUUUAGACUUUCUAUGAUUCUUGGAAAGCUAGAUUAUAUAUUUUUAAUGUUGUAUUUAGGUAUUACACCUCAAAGUUUUGCAGCAUGAUAGGACAUGAUAAAACACUCCAGGCACCAAUGCAGUGGGGUUAUGGCCUUAUUAAUAUGCUGUGGUUUUGUAUGUGCGUUUUUUAUUAUUAUUAUUACUACUUUUAUUUGAAUGUGUUCAAAUCAUUUAUAGUAUGUAAUAAUGAUAAAAUAAUAGUUUCUACACAGUUUUCCAGGAUGCUGCACCAGGCAUCUUAUCUCCUUAGACACAUCCCUCAUGCCAGAAAUACUUCUUUAUUAGUGUAUGCACAAAGCUCAGUCCAUUACAGCGCAGAGUGAGCUGCUUUUAUUCAGUUUUGCUGAAGAUAGUGAGAGGCACUACAGCCAAACAGGUAGUGUGUAACGAGAAUAUACCCCUACACGCAGGAUCCAGCUAAACAGAAGCCAAUACAGAGGAGAGAUACGUCUACCGGACCUUAGAAUGGCCGGACUCGACGUAUAUGAGAGGAGACAGAGCCAGGAACAAACCGAGGUCAAGGGCACAGAGAGACAGCGUAAACUAGGACAAGCCGGGGUCUGGUACACGGAAAACAGCAAGCCGGCAAACAGUACAGAUAAGGAUAAAGCGAAAACGAAGUCAGAAUACGAAGCCAAAGUCAAUACGAGAAAACACAACUGAACACCACAAGCGCUAAAGGGAACUGAAACAGAAACCACGAUAGGGCAACGAGCUAAGGGAAAAAGGUAAGUUUAAAUAGCUUUUAAACGAAAGUGAUUGGCUCCUGUCACUUCCACACCCCCAAAAGGUAAUUGUAUAGGGAGUGUGGUAUGACAGGAGCCAAUGGGAGCCUUUUGGCAAUUAGGCUCCCACUGUCUCUUUAAGAGCGCGCCCGAGACUCGCGGCGCGCUCUUAGUUUCAGGCGGGACACGUGACCGCUUCACGCGGUCACUGCCCGCCUUCCAUCUAAAGCAGUCGGAUGAGCCGCGCGCGGCUCGUGCAGCCGCAGGACCGCGCGCGGCUUGAAGAGAGGACCGCGACCGGCCCCCGGUUAAGGUAAGUAACGCUACAGUACCCCCCCCUGAGGACACGCCCUCCGGGCGGGUAGGACCAGGCCUGGAAGGAAAACGAGAAUGGAAAGAGCGCACAAGACGGGGAGCAUGAACAGCAUCAGCCGAAAUCCAACUGUGCUCCUCAGGCCCAUAACCCUUCCAAUGUACCAAGUACUGAAGUCGACCCCUAAGGAAACGAGAGUCAAGAACAGCAGACACUUCGAACUCCUCAUGACCCUCCACUGAGAUAGGAGGGGGAGGAGGAGUAUGCCGGGUAUAGCGGUUGCGUACGUAAGGUUUCAACAAUGAGGUGUGAAAGACAUUAGGAAUACGUAGAUUCUUAGGCAGGCCUAAGGCAUAAGAAACAGGAUUAACCUUAUGUAUAAUACGAUAAGGUCCAAUGAAGCGGGGAGCCAAUUUCAUAGAAGGCACCCGGAGACGAAUAUUCCGCGUGGAAAGCAAAACCCUGUCCCCCACAACAUAGGACGGAGCUGCUCUGCGAUGCUUGUCAGCCUGAGCCUUCUGGCGAGUAGCAGAGUCCACCAAAGAACGCUGAACCUGCUCCCAAGUAUUACGCAAACCAGCCAAAUGCUCAUCCAGAACUGGCAUGCCCUGUGAGGAGAAUGCAGCCGGAAGAACAACGGGAUGCUGGCCAUAGACAACGUAAAAAGGGGUCUUGCCGGAAGAAUCAUGAGUGGCGUUAUUCCGAGCAAAUUCAGCCCAAGGAAGCAGGUCAGACCAAUUGUCCUGAUGGUGAGACACAAAACAACGGAGGUAUUGCUCCAGAGACUGGUUGGCACGUUCAGCAGCCCCAUUAGACUGGGGAUGAUAAGCGGAAGAAAAUGAGAGAGAAAUACCCAUUUCUGAACAAAAGGCCCUCCAGAACCUGGAAAUAAAUUGGCUACCCCUAUCGGAUACAAUAGAUACGGGAAUACCAUGUAAUCGAAAUACUUCUCUAGCGAAGAUAUGAGCCAGUUCCUUGGAUGUGGGCAACUUGUGAAGAGACACGAAGUGAGCCAUCUUGGAAAACCGAUCCACUAUCAUCAGGAUUACUGUGUUACCAUUUGAAGGGGGUAAUUCAACAAUAAAAUCCAUGGACAGGUUAGACCAAGGUCUCUCGGGAACGGGUAACGGAUGCAACAGCCCACAAGGAACUCUACGGGAGGAUUUCAUACAGGCACAAGUAGUACAAGCACUUAUAUAGUCAGUGACAUCCUUUCGUAAGGAAUCCCACCAAAAAUACCGAGAAACAGCUGACACCGUUUUGGAAAUACCAGGAUGUCCAGCAGUCUUAGUAUCAUGAUAUAAUGACAUAAUAUCCCGUCUCUCAGGAACAUCAACGAACAGUUUAUCAUUAGGCCUCUCGCUAGGUGCCAUGCUUUGUUUCGCUUGUAUGGCCUGCAAGAGGGACGAGGAAAUAGACAAAAUAGUAGUAGCUAUUAUCCUGUCUGGGGGAAUGACAGGAGUAACAUCAAUCUCCUGUUUGUCAGUAGUUUCGAACUGUCUGGACAGAGCGUCUGCUUUAGUGUUGCGAUCACCUGGCCUAUAGGUGAUAAUAAAAUUGAAACGGGACAAAAAUAGUGACCACCUAGCCUGCCUGGAAGACAAUCUUUUGGCUUCGCUAAGGUAGGAUAGGUUCUUGUGAUCCGUAAAAAUGAGGAUAGGAUCCUUAGUUCCUUCUAACAAAUGUCUCCACUCUUUAAGUGCUAAAAUAAUAGCAAGGAGUUCGCGAUUACCCACAUCAUAAUUUUUCUCUGCUUUGGACAUUUGUUUAGAAAAGAAGCCGCAUGGAUGCAAUGGCUUUUCAGGCGACUCUCUUUGGGAUAAGACAGCACCUACCCCAAUAUCCGAAGCAUCAACUUCAAGAAUAUAGGGCAGUGAGGGGACAGGAUGCUGUAAAAUAGGUGCAGAGGCGAACGUAGUUUUAAGAAAUUCAAAAGCCUGAAGUGCCUCGGUAGACCAAACACGAGUAUUGCCAUCCUUUUUAGUCAUACGGGUAAUAGGUGCUACAAUGGACGAGAAACCUUUGAUAAAACGUCUAUAAUAAUUGGAGAACCCAAGAAAACGCUGAAUAGCUUUCAGACCUUGCGGUAGAGGCCAUUCUAUUACAGCAGCAAGCUUCUGGGGAUCCAUACGAAAACCUUUAGCGGAAAUCAAAUACCCCAAGAACUGGACUUCGGUUUGGUCAAACAGACAUUUUUCUAGCUUGCAAUAAAGACCAUUAGCAAGAAGGGUCUUCAAAACUGUCGUAACAUGUCUGUGAUGAGUGUGUAUGUCUGUAGAAUAUAUUAAAAUGUCGUCCAAGUAUACGAUAACAAAUGUGUGAAUAAAAUCUCUUAAGACAUCAUUAAUAAAUUCUUGGAAUACUGCUGGGGCAUUGCAAAGCCCAAAUGGCAUAACAGUAUAUUCGUAAUGACCGGAUCUAGUGUUGAAUGCAGUCUUCCAUUCGUGAUUUUCCUUUAUACGUAUCAAAUUGUAUGCACUCCUAAGGUCUAAUUUAGUGAACACAGUGGCAUGUUUCAGCCUGUCAAAUAAUUCUGUAAUUAACCCCUUAAGGACACAACUUCUAGAAUAAAAGGGAAUCAUGAUGGAAUAUUUCCGUCAUGUGUCCUUAAGGGGUUAAAGGUAUAGGGUAUGCAUUUUUAAUAGUGAUUUUGUUUAGACCUCUAUAAUCUAUACACGGUCUUAAAUCACCUUCUUUCUUCGAUACAAAGAAGAACCCUGCUCCAGCUGGAGAAGAGGAUCUCCUAAUAAACCCCUUUUCUAGUGAUUCCUUAAUAUACUCCUCCAUGACACGGUUUUCUUGAACCGAUAAGGGGUACACCCUGCCCUUUGGAGGUAUAGUGCCAGGCAACAAGUCAAUAGCACAAUCAUAGGGUCUGUGAGGCGGUAAUUUCUCAGCCUCCCUUUUAUCGAAAACAGUCUUUAGAGAUAAAUACUGAGGGGGUAUAGCCGUAGACAAAGGAGGACUGGUAGGUACCUUAAUAGAAUUCAAAGGUGUGACUUCAAACGUACAAGACUCGUGGCAGGCCUCACUCCAUGAUUUUAUUUGCCCUGUCUCCCAGUCAAAAAUGGGAUUGUGAGCACGUAACCAUGGAUACCCUAAUACUAACUGUGAAGAGGGAGAGGUGAUGACCUGGAAUCGAAUGGUUUCAUAGUGUAAAACCCCUGUGUACAUGUGUAAUGGUACAGUCUCAUGAGUAACAACUGGAGAACUUAAUGGUCUACCAUCUAUGGCCUCAACGGCCAAGGGUAUCUCCUUCUCUCUGAUGGGAAUGUUGUUUCUCUUUAUAAAGCCAGAGUCUAUAAAAUUUUCAGCUGCCCCAGAGUCAACCAGAGCAUAUAUGUUGUCAACUAUACAAAUCUCUCCCAUAUAUAAAGAAACCGGGAGAAGCAAGCGGUUAGGAGGCAAUUUAGGAGACUUAGAUAUCACACCCAAGGCCAGUCCCCUAUAAGGUCUUAGGUGCGAGAGUUUUCCGGGAGUAAAGGACAUUCCUUUACCAUAUGGUCUCUCCUACCACAGUAUAGGCAGAGUCCCUCCCUUCUCCUAUGUAAUUUCUUUGGCAACCCCUAAUUGCAUAGGUUCCUCCUCAGACACUUUAACAUUCUCUGGUAUAUUAACUCUGGGGUUAAUGGGUGUAACAAAACGUCUAUUCCUGUUCUUGGUAUAGAGCCUGUCACGAAUUCUAUUAUCUAUAUCAAUGAGGUAAUCAAUAAGGUCCUCUAAGGCAAUAGGAAGCUCCUUAGCUGCUACCUCAUCCAAUAUCGUAUCUGACAAACCUUCCAUGAAGGCAGUAGUUAACCCAUUGUUGGUCCAAUCUACCUGCGAAGCAAGAGUGCGAAACUGAAUAGCAUAAUCAGCCACAGACCUAGAACCCUGUUUAAUUCUCAUUAAUGCUCUCGCGGCAUUCUUUGACCUUUUCAUUGUGUCAAAAGUUCUACGAAAAGCCGUAAGAAAACUGUUGAAAUCAUGUACCAUAGGUCCAUUAGCUUCCCAAAUAGGAUUUGCCCACUCAAGUGCCUUAUCGGUAAGUUGGUGCAUAAAGAACCCAACCUUAGACCUCUCUGUGGGAAAUGAACGUGGAUACAUUUCGAAGUGAAAUUCAAUCUGAUUAAUAAACCCUCUGCAAGUCUUAGAGUCCCCUCCAUACCUAGGAGGAGGUGUUAAAUGGGCCGAAGUAUUAGGCAAAGUAGAUACUUCAGGGAGAAGGGGCGUAGGAGGGUUAGGUGUGGUUGCUGGAACGGUUCUAGCUAGGAGCGUCUGGAGAGCCUGAGCUAUCUGAUCCAUACGGUGAUCCUGCUCUACAAAUCUUGCCUCAUGGGACGCCAUCUGUUGAGCUAAAUCUGCGGGGUCCAUGGCCCUAUCGUAAUGUAACGAGAAUAUACCCCUACACGCAGGAUCCAGCUAAACAGAAGCCAAUACAGAGGAGAGAUACGUCUACCGGACCUUAGAAUGGCCGGACUCGACGUAUAUGAGAGGAGACAGAGCCAGGAACAAACCGAGGUCAAGGGCACAGAGAGACAGCGUAAACUAGGACAAGCCGGGGUCUGGUACACGGAAAACAGCAAGCCGGCAAACAGUACAGAUAAGGAUAAAGCGAAAACGAAGUCAGAAUACGAAGCCAAAGUCAAUACGAGAAAACACAACUGAACACCACAAGCGCUAAAGGGAACUGAAACAGAAACCACGAUAGGGCAACGAGCUAAGGGAAAAAGGUAAGUUUAAAUAGCUUUUAAACGAAAGUGAUUGGCUCCUGUCACUUCCACACCCCCAAAAGGUAAUUGUAUAGGGAGUGUGGUAUGACAGGAGCCAAUGGGAGCCUUUUGGCAAUUAGGCUCCCACUGUCUCUUUAAGAGCGCGCCCGAGACUCGCGGCGCGCUCUUAGUUUCAGGCGGGACACGUGACCGCUUCACGCGGUCACUGCCCGCCCUCCAUCUAAAGCAGUCGGAUGAGCCGCGUGCGGCUCGUGCAGCCGCAGGACCGCGCGCGGCUUGAAGAGAGGACCGCGACCGGCCCCCGGUUAAGGUAAGUAACGCUACAUAGUGAUAGCCUUACUAUAUUUCUCUUAAAACGUCCUCUCCUUCUGAUGCAGGUUGCUUUGUACUCCAAAACAAUCAGUGCUGUCAGUGGCUGAGCCUGGCACACACCUAUUAUGAGAAUGAGGAGGCCAGCUUAUAGUGUAUCAUUGUGCAAAGUUUUUGUUUUUUUUAAAAGAUUUGAUAAUGUUUAAAUAAAUAGUUAGAAUAUUGCAUAUUAAUGAGGCUAAAAUCUAUCAAAUGCAUAAAGUUGUUUUGAUGCCAGGAGUGUCCUCUUAGAUUUAAUUUGCACGGUCGGAGUGCCUCCAAUACUUUUUAACUUCUUAGGUUUCUUUGUGUGAGUUUUAUUCACCAGAGUCUGUGUGGUGCAAUGAAACUACAUUAUUAGACUUUGUGUAUUCAAGAAGUGUAUGUGGGAGGGGCAAAGUUUGGCGGUUGAUCCGAACAGACACUCUGUCGAUGGGUUCCACAAGCUAUAUCACCUUACUAGCAACAAGAAAAACUGGCCCUAGAAGAGAGUACUACAGGGCUUUUGCCCAGUCUGCAGCCAAAGAUGACUCAUAAGGCUGGGGACUAGGUACCUAUGAAAGCAGAGAUGCUCGGGAAAAUGCUGGGUGAUCUCCGGAAGACCAUUCAGGUGGAUGUGGCCAUUCUCCGCACCGACCUCACAGGCCUGGUUGGUCACCUGAAAGUGGUGGAGGUCUCCUUGGAAACCAACACAAAGUCCUUUACAGAGCUUCAACUUAAAGUGCAUACACUCAAUCUUCUAGGUACUAACAUUUUCAUUAGCAAGAAUAUACAACAGACAAGAGGUCACGCAUUGAAACUGGAAGUAAGGCGUUUUCACUUACAGAAAAGAAAAGCAUUCUUGUAGUGUAAGAACUAUAAAGAUGGUGGGAUUCUCUACCCAAGGGUUGUCUUCUCACAUUCUUUAGAUCUAUUUAGAGAAAAAAAGUAAAAGUAUGGAUAAUUUUCUGAAAAAUAAGAUUAUUCCAGGAUAUAAAUUGAUAUAGGCUAUUGAUCCAUGGAGAAAUGAGUGCCAUUUUAUUUUAUAUUCCUCUUUUGUGAUAUAAUUGGCAAUUGCUUCAAAUAGGUUUUGAGUUUUUGAUUGACAUGGACUUGAGACUUUUUUUUAUUUAUUUAUUUUUAUUUAUUAAGCCUUUAAUUGUAUUUUCUGUUAUGUUGUGUGUCUUUUCAGAUGCUGUUUAAGAAGAAUCUGUUUGUUUUGGCUAUUUCUCUGGCCAAAAGUCAGCACCUGGACAGCGAUGGUCUCUCCGAAAUCUCCCGCCAGUACGGAGACCACCUAUACAGCAAAGGAGACCACGAUGGAGCAAUCCAACAAUAUAUUCGGUAGGGAUUAACAUUUGUAUAAUGCUGCCCUAUGUGUUCCCCAUAUUUGGUUUAUCCAAGUGUUCUUGACACCUGACAUGAUGACACACUACUUGAAAAGGUCAAAUAUAUUUCUCAUGAUAGGAAUUUAGUGUGGAAAUAUUUAGCCAGCCCUGCGUUUUACUCUAGGGAGAUGUCAGGAUAAUAGAAGAGAUAUUGAAAUUAAUUAAAUUUUAAGCAUAUAUGUGGAGUACAAGGAUAAAGUAGAUUUUAUUGGUUUAAAUUAAACUGGAAAAGCUGUAACCCAUUGUCGCUGUUAGGACGUGUCAUAACGCACUAAACAGCGGGGGCUUCUACAACGUAAGGGCGUAAUGACAUGUCCUAACGUCUGUGCGCGUGUAUAUGGGGGGUACUGUUCUACUUUUGAGACAUUGGUGAACACAAUUAUUUGUGUUUUAUUGCAGUAAAAGCCAACAGUAUUCUGACAAUCUGUUAAAAUCCCAUGCAGAACUAAAUUUCUCACAGUUUUUAUUCAUGUUAUGUUUUUAUAUAUAAAUGUGAUGUAAUAUGAUAUAUAAUAAGUGUGGGUGCUCUAAAUAUGAAAGAGGUAAAUUAUGGUUGAACAGGCAUAUAGUGCAAAUUCCAGGUUUUGUUUUGGAUCAGGACUUGGACAUUUGCCUCCUCCGUUAAAGAACAGCUUAUUUUUAUUUUAUCUACUGCUCGAUUACUCUACAGUAUAUCUACAUUCUGUCAUAAGUAAUGCACAUCUUUCUGGUAUCUUUAUAGAAAUAUUCUCUUAUCAGCAAGGAUAUUGCUGUUCGACUACCAUAUAAAUUCUUAAGUAUUUGGAAUUUAUUCUUGAUAUAAAAAAAUAUGGUGAGGCCAAACAUGAUACAAAAAAAGUUAUGCAUCACCUGCAUUUCUCAAGUUUGACUAUGAGGGGCCUUUCUUGGGCAUAUAAACCUGACAAAUCACAUUUCCUCAACUAUCCCUUUCUUGUGCAUAUACACCCGACAAAUCAUGUUUCCACAACUACAGUUGCAAGAAAAAGUAUGUGAACCCUUUGGAAUGAUAUGGAUUUCUGCACAAAUUGGUCAUAAAAUGUGAUCUGAUCAUCAUCUAAGUCACAACAAUAGACAAUCACAGUCUGCUUAAACUAAUAACACACAAAGAAUGAAAUGUUGCCAUGUUUUUAUUGAACACCCCAUGUACACAUUCACAGUGCAUGUGGGAAAAGUAUGUGAACCCCUAGACUAAUGACAUCUCCAGUAGCUAAUUGGAGUGAGAUGUCAGCCAACUGGAGUCCAAUCAAUGAGAUGAGAUUGGAGGUGUUGGUUACAGCUGCCCUGCCCUAGAAAAAACACACACCAGUUCUGGGUUUGCUUUUCACAAGAAGCCUUGCCUGAUGUGAAUGAUGCCUCGCACAAAAGAGCUCUCAGAAGACCUACGAUUAAGAAUCGUUGACUUGCAUAAAGCUAGAAAGGGUUAUAAAAGUAUCUCCAAAAGCCUUGCUGUUCAUCAGUCCACGGUAAGACAAAUUGUCUAUAAAUGGAGAAAGUUCAGCACUGCUGCUACUCUCCCUAGGAGUGGCUGUCCUGUAAAGAUGACUGCAAGAGCACAGCCCAGACUGCUCAAUGAGGUGCAGAAGAAUCCUAGAGUGUCAGCUAAAAACUUACAAAAGUCACUGGCAAAUGCUAACAUCCCUGUUAGUGAAUCUGCAAUACGUAAAACACUAAACAAGAAUGGAUUUCAUGGGAGGAUAUCACAGAGGAAGCCACUGCUGUCCAAACAAAACAUUGCUGACUCUUACAGUUUGCACAAGAGCACCUGGAUGUUCCACAGCAGUUCUGGCAAAAUAUUCUGUGGACAGAUGAAACCAAAGAUUAAGGGCAGGGCAGCUGUGUUUGGAAGAAACACACAACACUGUGUGGUGAAAAAAAGGCACAGCACACCAACAUCAAAACCUCAUCCCAACUGUGAAGUAUGGUGGUGGGGGCAUCAUGGUUUGGGGCUGCUUUGCUGCGUCGGGGCCUGGACGGAUUGCUAUCAUCGAAGGAAAAAUGAAUUCCCAAGUUUAUCAAGACAUUUUGCAGGAGGCCAUCUGUCUACCAGCUGAAGCUCUACAGACAAUGACCCAAAGCAUAGAAGUAAAUCAACAACAGAAUGGCUUAAACAGAAGAAAAUACGCUUUCUGAAGUGGCCCAGUCAGAGUCCUGACCUCAACCCGAUUGAGAUGCUGUGGCAUGACCUCAAGAAAGUGAUUCACACCAGACAUCCCAAGAAUAUUGCUGAACUGAAACAGUUCUGUAAAGAGGAAUGGUCAAGAAUUACUCCUGACCGUUGUGCACGUCUGAUCUGCAACUACAGGAAACGUUUGGUUGAAGUUAUUGCUGCCAAAGGAGGUUCAACCAGUUAUUAAAUCCAAGGGUUCACAUACUUUUUCCACCUGCACUGUAAAUGUUUACAUGGUGUGUUCAAUAAAAACAUGGCAACAUUUCAUUCUUUGUGUGUUAUUAGUUUAAGCAGACUGUGAUUGUCUAUUGUUGUGACUUAGAUGAUGAUCAGAUCACAUUUUAUGACCAAUUUGUGCAGAAAUCCAUAUCAUUCCAAAGGGUUCACAUACUUUUUCUUGCAACUGUAAAUCAUAAGGCAGAGUUACCAACUUGACAUUCAAAUGAGCAAAGACAGGCAUCAUGUUUGAGGUUGCAUACUGGUUUCCUGCAGACUCCCUUAGGAAUGUUCUCUGAGUAACGCUGCCAUUAAAUUUACCAAUUGGGAACUGAUCUUGCAAACUGACAUUCGCUUAAAGGUCCACUAUAGUGCCAGGAAAACAAACUAGUUUUCCUGGCACUAUAGUAUUAAUAGGUCCCUCCCGCUGGGCUGAAGGGGUUAAAAUCUUACCUUUCUCCAGAGCCGGGUUCCCUCUGCGCUGGGGACUCUCCUCCUCCUUCGGACAGCACCAGCUUAAUGCGCAAUGCGAAUGAGCCGCGCGCGCAGUCAGUCCAUAGGAAACCAUUCGCAAUGCUUUCCUAUGGACGCUGGCGUCUUCUCACUGAGAAAAUCAGUGAGAAGCACGGAAGCGUCUCUAGUGGCUGUCAAUGAGACAGCCACUAGAGGCUGGAUUAACUGAAGCUGCUAUGUUUACAGCAGGCAGGGUUAACCCUAGAUGGACCUGGCACCCAGACCACUUCAUUGAGCUGAAGUGGUCUGGGUGCCUAUAGUAGUCCUUUAAGGCUCACUGCUUAAAAAAAGAGAAGCUGACCUCUUAUAAAACCUUCUGGGUUCGAUUUUUAAAACACAGCUUUUUUGGGGGCGCUAAACUUUAAAUUGUGUGAAUUGAAAUACCAAAUUGUGACUAUAACUGACUUUCCAUAUUGGAUAUUUUAGAUGACAUUUUGCAAUUUGAUUUUUUUAUUUUUUUUUAUUUACUAUUUUGUUUGAACAUUCUUCUUAGAAAAGAAUGUAGCGCUGUGUAAAGUUCCACAGUCCACCUCCUUCUGUUUCCUCACCCCCCUUUUUUUCUUUUGUUUAUGUCCUUCUCUCCAUGUUUGUCCAUCUGUCUAAAUACACUUUUCCAUUUAUUGCUUUUUCCGUUCUUGCUUCCAGAACAAUAGGAAAAUUGGAGCCUUCAUAUGUCAUCAGAAAAUUUCUAGAUGCCCAGAGGAUACAUAAUUUGACAGCUUAUCUUCAGGCUUUGCACCACCAGUCUUUGGCUAACGCUGAUCACACAACGCUGCUUCUGAACUGUUACACAAAGCUAAAGGACAGUGCCCGUCUCGAGGAAUUUGUCAAGGUGAGCUGCAUUAAUUUACAGUAAUUAAUCAAAAUUUUGGCCAUUUGUUUGACAGCCUAAAAAAUAAAAAAGGCAUGAGUAAUGGAUCUUUAAAUAUUACAAAUGAGUGGCGACUGUUAGUGCCUCUGUCUUUCUGUGCCACCCAAUAGAUCAUAAGGCUUUAAAUACCUUAAGUUCUGUCCAGUUAACUUCUAUUUUAUUCUGUUUGUGCAAUAUUCUAAACAACCUUGUUUCUAAUACCUGUGUAGAAAGAUGAUCUGUUUAUAUAAUACCUUAUACCUUGCUAUUGUUUUUUCAUUCUUUUCUACACCAGGCAAGUGAAGGAGAAGUUCAUUUUGAUGUGGAAAUAGCAAUUAAGGUUCUUCGGCAGGCUGGGUACCACUCACAUGCGCUCUACUUGGCAGAGAAGCAUGCCCAUCAUGAAUGGUAUCUGAAGAUCCAACUAGAGGACAUUAAGGUUAUUAUUCAUAUGAUACAAUCUAAGAGAUUCGAUAUAGGAAAUAAUGUCUUGUUUCACUGUGCUUGGGAGGGCUAGAUGACAUGUCCACCACACAGUCUUGAAGCAACUUUCAUGUUUUGUCAUUUAAGAUUAGAGACCAAUCUCACGGUUAAUAUCUGCGAUGUAGUUGUAAGUGGCCAGUGCUCUCUAAUUAAAAUAUUUUUUUUAAUUUUUUUUCUGAUAUUGGUUUCCUUUUCUCCCAGAAUUUCAAUGAAGCUCUGCGAUACAUUGGGCGCCUUCCAUUUGCUCAAGCUGAGAGCAACAUAAAAUGCUAUGGGAAAACACUCAUGCACCAUGUUCCCAAUGAGACAACUCAGCUGCUAAACAGUUUGUGUACUGACUUUCCUCAGCCAACAGAAGGAAACAAGGUGAGUUUGCCGUGCUCUCUAGUGUAAAAGAACUCCCCAAAGUUCCUUUGCUUUUGUUUUGAAUAAUCGUCUCUUCUCGUUGAAGUGCAAUCCAGAAGAAUUUAUCCCAAUCUUUGCCAAUAAUCCCUGCGAGUUGAAGAUAUUUCUAGAACACAUGACACGGGUACAAAACGACUCGCCACAAGGUGUUUAUGAUACAUUGCUUGAGUUACGACUACAGAACUGGGCACAUGAAAGAGACCCUCAGGUAACUACAACCUUUAAAACAGCCAAUCAGAAUUGUUUGUUUGCAAAGGGGAUUUAAAUAAUUCACACACAGAAACAUUAGGAUGUAACAGCAGGUAAGAACCAUUCGGCCCAUCUAGUCUGCCCAAUUUUCUAAAUACUGUUAUCAGUCCCUGGCCUUAUCUUAUAUCUAAGAUAGCCUUAUGCCUAUCACAUGCAUGCUUUAAGGAACACUAUAGGGUCAGGAACACAAACAUGUAUUUCUGACCCUACAGUGUUAAAACACUAUCUAGCUCCCCUGCCUCACCCUUACACCUGUAAAUAUAGUAAAAUCUUACUUUAUUAUAGUCUGCUGUUGCUGGUUCUGCCCCGAUCUGCCUUCUUGGCUGACCUCAUCAGAAGUGAUGAACAGAGCCAAUCACAAUGCUUUCCCACAAGAAAGCAUUGGCUUGGCUGAGCUUUUCAAGGAGGCAGAUUGGGGUAGAGCUAGCACAAGCCAAACACAGCCGAGGCCGAUCAGCAUCUCCUCAUAUAUACAUUGAAUCAAUGCAUCUCUAUGCGGAAAGUUCUGUGCACAUAUAAGGUCUCCCUGCAAUGGGUGGAGUCCAUAUAUGUGCAGCACUGCCCCAGGAAGCACCUCUAGUUGCCAUCUGAGACAUGGCCAGUGGAGUUAUCCCUAGGUUGUAAUGCAAACACUGCACUUUUACUGAAAAUACAGUGUUUACUGCAAAAAGCUGUAAGGAAAUGAUUAUACUCACCAGAACAAAUACAAUAAGCUGUAGAUGUUCCGGUGACUAUAGUGUCCAUUUAAACUCCCUCACUGUGUUAACCUCUACCACUUCAGCUGGAAGGCUAUUCCAUGCAUCCACUACCCUCUCAGUAAAGUAAUAUUUCCUGAUGAUAUUUUUAAACCUUUGCCCCUCUAAUUUAAAACUUUCCUCUUGUUGUGGGAGGUUUUUCUUUUAAAUAUAGUCUCCUCCUUUACUUUGUUUACUCUCUCGAUCUGUCAGUUUUAAUUGUUGUAGAAAGUCAGUCAGGGGGUUUAGAUCAGUAGUGUAAUGUAAUAAAAAUAAAAAGCGCAUUGAGUUAUCAUGGUUAGUAUAAAAUCUAAAUUGACCCUAGCACCUUUCUACACAGGUGAAGAAACAGCUACAUGAUGAUGCCAUAUCUCUUCUAAAGAGUGGACGCUUCAAGAAUGUGUUUGAUAAAGCUCUUGUUCUGUGUCAGAUGCACAACUUUCAAAAUGGAGUGCUUUACCUGUACGAGCAAGGCAAGCUGUGAGUGCAUUUGAUGUAUCUAAGCACAGCCACUAUACCUGCAGCAAAUUAAAGGACUGUGCAUAUUUGUACAGCUUUAUACCUUUUCAUGUGUAUGGUGUAUGUAUGCACUUUCUAUAACUUUUAUAAAUAUUUUAAAAUAAACAAAUAUAGUAGGCAGAUCUCUGGGUUCAAAUGAAGAUUUGACUUCUGUAACUUAAUUUUUUUUUUUAUGUGCAUAUUGAGGUUUCAGACUCACUGUUUGACUAAAUCCAUUUUCCUAAUACCUUUUUGUGCAUGCAUUGUCCAGUUUCCAACAGAUAAUGCAUUAUCACAUGCAGAAUGAUCAAUACCAGGAGGUGAUCCAAGCUUGCGAGCGCUAUGGGGAACAGGAGAGCUGCCUGUGGGAACAAGCUCUCAGCUACUUUGCACGCAAGGAGGAAGAUUGCAAGGAGCACAUAGCCACAGUACUAGGACAUAUUGAAAGUCGGAAUCUCAUGCCACCCCUGCUUGGUGAGUCAUUCAGAAUAUAUGCAGAAAAAGCAAGAUAUUGCUAUGGCCUUAAGUAAAGAAGUGUUCUUCUGCCCAAAUGAAAAUCUUUUCAGAUACUGGAUGGGAGUGGAGGUGUAUUACAUACAAUGGCUAAGUCAUUAUUAUAUAAUGUUAGUGAUUGUAAAAUACAUUUUGACCUAAACUAGGUUUAUCCCCCCCCCAAAAAAAAUCAAAUCACAAACAUUAGACAUGCUGUUACUAGUAUAAUUCUUCUCUUAUAGUGGUCCAAACUCUGGCCCAUAACUCUACUGCCACCCUGUCUGUGAUCCGGGACUACUUGAUCAACAAGAUGCAGAAGCUGAGUCAGAAGACAGAGGAGGAUGAAAAAACCGUGCGUCAGUACAGAGAAGAUACUGCCCGCAUCCGCAAGGAGAUCCAAGAACUCCGAACUAGGUGAGCCAGGCUGUGGAAACUGACCGUAUGCUGUGAGGCAUAUAGUCUUUCUCAAAAAGCUGUUAAAAUGGAUAUUCCCACUUUUGCAUAGGUUUUUAAGGAAGUACAUCAUACAUUAAUAUGGUUUAACCCUCAAUUUACCAUAGACCACAUCAACUACUUGUUGCCUUUUUUGAAGUUGAUAGAGGUUCAUAAGAUUUGUAGUCAAGUAAGAUUUCCCUUGAAUUACCCCUCCUGCAAUUUGUACAGUUUGCGGAGAAAAGAUGGCAGAAAUGCGACACAAUUUUGUUUUUCUUCUAAGCCCGAAGAUCUUUCAGAAGACUAAGUGCAGUAUCUGUAGCAGUGGGCUGGAGCUGCCGUCUGUGCACUUUUUGUGUGGCCAUUCCUUCCACCAGCACUGCUUUGAGAGUUAUGCCGAAAGUGACUCCGAAUGCCCAACCUGCUCGCCUGAAAACCACAAGGUUCUGGAUAUGAUCCAGGCCCAAGAGGAGAAAAGGGAUCUGUAUGAACAUUUCCAACACCAGGUAUAAUUAAUUAUACACCAUCUCCAGGUGCCAAUGAUGAAUCUUGAUUCUUAUUUUUACGUUUGAUAUCUAUUGUAUCUAGUAUUAAUAUAAUGACCAUAGCUCUGUAUUUUUAAAACCAUUGCAUGCUUGUCAGUUUUGCCACGUAUUGCUACUAAUUUAUUAUAUAGUGCUCUGAAUUGUGCAUAUGCCCUUCAGUACCAAUUUGGACUGCUGGCUGUAGUCUUCUUUUAGCCAUGUUUAUCGAUUUUAUAUAAUUAGCAACGGCUCAUUCUUGAAUGGCUGACCAUUUGAUUUGUUAACUAAACAAUGAAUUGAAAACCAACUUCAGUCUCAAAUAGCCACAGGGCAGCUACAGUUAGGUGAAUUUUAUAACUUUUUGGUUUUAUAUUUUCUGAUUCUAUAUUCAGUUCACUUUAAUUCACAUUUUAAUGAAUAAAUUCAAGCAUGAAAGUAAAGAUGUAAGAUUCUACGUUUGCUGUGUCAAAACGGAUAUGUUACACUUCACUGAUAAACUCCAAGAAGCUUACUCGAUCUCUAGCGUGGAUGGGAUCAACCUGGUAUUUACAUUUCAAAGUGCCGUAUGCCUGGGUUUAUAUUAAAAUUCAAAUGACAUAGGUUCCCUCCUUCACACAAGUCAACUAAAAAUAAAAUGUUUAAAGACCUAAGUGGGAGACAUUAGGUUAACAAAGUUUUUAACAAUUCUCAAUGUGUUACUAUGUUUUGUUUUAUAUCAUGAAGUCUAGUAAUGGCUAUGGCUUAAUUAGGGCGAUUUCCACAAUCUAGAGUAGGCAUAGGCAACCUUUGGUACUCCAGAUGUUUUGGACUACACCUUCCAUGAUGCUUUGCCAGCACUAGGGGUGUCAAAGCAUUAUGGGGGAUGCAGUCCAAAACAUCUGGAGUGCCAAAGGUUGCCUAUCCCUGAUCUAGAGACUAGAAUGAACACGCAGUGACUAUACUUUGGGAGUAACCCAUAACACUUAUGCAUCAUUUCCUGUAUAACAUCAGUUGCUACCUGGCAAGAGCACCGAGCCAGUACCAAAAUGAAGACACAGAAAGAGGCGGUACAUACUAUCUCUAAAUCAAGUGGUCAGCAAAUAUUGUGCUAUAAGAUGAGAUAUAGAUAUAGAUAGAAACUGGCCUUUGCUUCAUGAGAUGAUUUGGAAACAAAAACUUAUACAAGAACGUUUCACCAGUCAGAAGGUUCUUUGUCUAUUCACUUACACUGUAAUUCAUUUCAGAAAAGAGUUGUGUAAAGCACACUAAAUUACUUAAUAUGGCAGUUAGAGUCCUCUGGAAGCAAUAAAAAAACAAAAAAAAAAUUCUGUAUUUGCACAGCUAUCUAAUUGGCAAUAGCUAGGAACUUGGCAUAUUGUAACCAUUGCAAAGAUUUAUAGUAUGUAGACCCUGGGUGGAACUCCUCUUCCCUAAACAGAUGGCUUUCUAUAAAAAAAUCUUGUCCAAGCUCAUUGCCUUUUUAUGUAAGAUCCUUCAGAACUCUACAUUGUGGUAAUUUUGUCUUUUCAGAUGAAAUGCUCCAGUGAUGGAUUCAGUGUGAUAGCAGAUUACUUUGGACGAGGAGUGUUCAACAAACUGACACUGAUCACAGACACACCAGCUGGGAAAGUGAGUACAUCCAAGGAUGCUGGACUACAACGGGAGCUGUUGAUAAAUACCAAGAGAUAUGCUUAAAGAAGUUAAUUUUGAAGAGUAGGAUUCUAUUCAAAAUGGUAUGUCUUAACAUGCUCUCAUCUUAAGUGGACAAAGGCUAAGCCAACUUCCGUACUUGCACUGGAAACUCCAUCAAAUUCUAGAAGAGACUAGCCGGUCCAGCCUUUAUAGCAAGCCUUUUAUAUUAAAAAUUGAGGAGGAUGGGCUUUGUCUGAUAAAGCAUGGCCUUUCACAGUUGGGGGUAACAAAUGCUAAAGAAGAAAUGUUUCCAGCUUGGGAGAAACGACCUGUGAAGUGGAACAAAGCUCAUAUUUCUCCAAAUCGGUCAACCUUUUGCUUCUUACACUAAAUAACGUUAACUCAUUCCCCAACAUGUACAUCACCAAAUCACUUCUCAAGGAUCUACUUUCAUGUUAUUAGUAACCUUUUGGCCCAUUCUAAGCAGCCCUGACAACUUAAGUGAAAAUGUUUCACAGGCAAGUGAAUGUGAUGUAAUUGCGAACAUCUUAAAUUAUGUAGAGCUGUGGCCAUCUGGUGCCAGGAAUUAUUGAUGAAUUUGCAACAAAAAAAUGCACAUGCAGUGGAUCUUCCAUCUUAUAUUUUAGGUAUAACUUAUCAAAGCUACCGUAUACCAUUUGCCUUUUUGGUGUGUUCAAUAAAUAAUCAUCAAUCCAGAGUUGCCUGCAUGCCAUUUGUGGUUUCCUAGCAAACUGCAGAUGUUACUUAGAAAUAAAUCACUAAUUUUAUACAUUGACGAAUAGUGUUGCUUUGUAGAGUUCUGUUAUUGAUGUCCUGCAGGAUUACUUUGGUAAGAAGAUAUGUCCUUAUCUGUGGCUUUUGUCUUGUCAAUAAAAAACAGAAUAUUCUAAGAAAUAAAAACACGUAAUGUAAUGCAUUUGCAUUUCAACUGAAAUUAAGAUUGUUUUUUAAAUAUUAAACAUUGAGGCCCUUGUUCCAUCUGUUUUUUUGUUGUUGUUUUUUUUAGUUAAUAUGCGCUGAAAUGUAUGUUUUUUUUAAAAUUUAUUUUCUUGUGCAAAUGUAAACCGAAAGUGUUUCAACAUAAAUUUUGUCACAACCGCUCUCAUAGCUAAUAAAACUGUAUUGCCAAUCCAUGCCACAUUACCUACUCAUAUUUCAGUAUGUCACAUUGCAUACAUUUUGUUUGCCCACAUCCACACCACAUUGUCUACACAUUUGUUAGUCUUCAUGAUCCAUGCCACAUUUAUUUGACCUGCAUUACCCAGACACUGCAGUGAUGACUCUCAGCCUCUGUCACUGAUGGGAAGACUGGCUGGCAGUGGCUGCUAGUACUGCUUAUAUUGGUUCCCAGGUGCACCAUGCUGAGAAUCUUGGCCACACACCUGAUUGACGCUGUACGACUCUGGUAAAGAAUGAUGACCUCCUUUACACGUGGCCCUGUGAUUCUUGGCUGUGUACCGUGAGACACAUUGACAUAUUGAUGGAGUGUGAAAUUCAC